AUGAAGGUCAGGAAAUUAAAGUUGAAUUCCUUGGCUUUGGAGAAGCAUACAGAACAAUACAUCGCUGAAGAAUACCCAGUUGAAGAAACUAAAGUAAAUGAAAAUUUAACAAAUCAAGUAGAGACAGCUAAAAUGAAGCUGCAGAAAAUGACGGGCGAGAUGGACCACUACAAAAAGCUGUUAAUACUUGUGAAAGAGCUGAAGGAGAAGGAGGAAUCUCUUCAAAACUGCCAGCAAGUAUGCAAACAUUUACAGGAAGAGCUGGCUGAGAAAGAGAGGAAAGAAGAAGAUCUGAAAAGAAAAAACAGUCGAUCAGAAAGCGAGCUGGAAGCACUUAAAGCUCUUCUUACACAAUCAGAGGAAGAGGUGGUGAUGUUGAAACACGAAAGGGAGUUGAUGCUGAUUUCACAUCAGAAAAGUACAGAGCAGCUGCAGGAGACAUUAAGGCAAAAGAUGCAGAAUGAAGAAAACUGGAAGGAGAGGGUAGAGACAGAGCUGGCUAAAGCUGAAGCACAACACAUCAAAGCAAUCCUUAAAGUCAAAGAAGAAGUUAAAGUGGAACUAGACACUGAGAGACAAAAACAGAAAGAACUAAUCACAAAAUGUCAGCAAGAAUAUGAAGAGCUCCAGAAGAUGAUACCAGGAUUAAUAUCCAGUGCCACCAACAGCUUAAGGAUGGAGACAGAAACUCUUGAAAAGAAGCUCCAAGAAGCCCAGACCAAACUUGCAGAGAAAGAUGAAAGAAAGGAAAUUCAGAGCCUUAAAAGACAGAUUUCUGAACUUGAAUUUCAGCUGACUCUGGAAAAGAACAAAAAUGAAUCAUUUCUCGCUGAUAUGAGGGAAGAAAUAAAACACAGGUCAGAUGAACUGGAAAAAUUAACCCAGGAGAGGACACAGCUGAUUCACAAUUUGAAUGAAGCUCAAGAGGAGAACUUUCUCCUCCAGGAAGCGGUGUGCAGAGAGCGCGAGGAGCGCUGCGAGCUGACAGCGGCUUUGACCCGAGCCAGGGAGGAGUUGCUGGAACUGAAAAA